CCCUCGUCCUUUUGCUUCUGUUGGCUGUGCAACAAACAGUUGGUAAAAAUUGGUAGGGUUGRAAAAACUCAUCCACACAGCCAUCAGCUUACAAUCGUAUAAAAUCUUUACGUAACAAUGCCUCCUAAGUUCGACCCAAAUGCUAUUCACAUCGUGUAUCUUCGAUGCACCGGUGGUGAAGUUGGUGCUACUGCCUCUCUUGCCCCCAAGAUUGGUCCUUUGGGAUUGUCUCCCAAGAAAGUUGGUGAUGACAUUGCCAAGGGAACUCAAGACUGGAAAGGUCUUAGGAUUACCGUCCAGCUGACCAUCCAAAACAGACAAGCUAAAGUGUCUGUAGUUCCAAGUGCAUCAUCACUGGUCAUUAAGGCACUGAAGGAACCACCAAGAGACAGGAAGAAGGUUAAAAACAUCAAACACAAUGGCAACAUCAGCCUUGAACAGGUGAUUGACAUYGCCAAGACAAUGCGUCCAAGAUCUUUAGCACGCAAACUAGAAGGAACCGUAAAGGAGAUCUUAGGAACAUGUCAGUCAGUUGGGUGCACUGUCGAGGGACAGCCRCCCCAUGACGUCAUUGACAAGAUCAACGAGGGAGAAAUUGAGAUUGAAGAUUCUGAAUAACAUCUUUUGGAGCAUAAGAAAUAAAAUAAUUUGGCUUCAUU